ACUUUUCCCGUCAAUGGCGGAGCGGAGCCACCCUUAUUAUUAGUGUAUCAUUCGGAGUAAUGCUUGAAUUAAAUUAUAGCACUACUAAUAGAAUAAACCCCCGUCUUUACCAGUCACCGCCCCCGCUCCUCAGUCACAGCCACCACAAAUGUAGUAAGUACUUAAUAGUUUUUAAGAAAUACUAGUAACAGUAAUUAAAAGAAGAAAAAAGAAAAAGAAAAGCGAGAGAGAGAGAGAGAGAGAGAGAGAGAGACGGGAGUGGGGAAAGCCAGCUCUCAUCAGUUUAGCUCUCAGUCCUCUCUGCUUUGAUCGUGGCGGGCGGCGAAGCUCAAGAAAUGGCAAGUGGCUGUCCCGAUUAUCAGUUCCCAGCUGACGUUUUGAAGAUUUCUCGAAUUUCCGUCUCCAUUUUGUUAUUGCAGACACAUACAGCAUGGGACUUAGUUCUACGAUUUAUGCUCCGUCUGCGUAAUUAAAUCUUGUGGAGAGAUCUCCGCCUCCACUGUGGUUCCUUCCACUUUGUUCCUCACUCCUCAGAUCUGAACGCGUCAUUUUUUUUCCCUUUCCUCGGCGACCGUAAUAAUGCUGCACUCAGCUCAGCUGCUGCUCGUUUUGUCCUCUUCCAUCACUGGGCUGCUUAGAAAGGUCCACUGGCUGAUGCUGGGACAGGUUCUUAUUUGUUUCUUUAUACUAUCUUUCACUAAUGCUGACUCACGUGAUAAUCCGUGGGAAGCACAAGUUCUAUCUCCAGUGGAAAUGCCAUUAGCUCCACCAGCUAUGCCUGUGCUGCCCCUACCAGAAAACCGACCAUUGUUCCACAGAUCACGCUGGAAAAACAUUUCGCCCUUUGGUGCUCCGGUGCUUGGGCUGGCACCAAGUCCGCCUCCUCCUCAUUACGGUCCAUUUGUAACAUCCCACCAUCAUCCUCCUUCAAGCUCAAGGUUAUCUAAGUCGUCAAUGAAGAACGGUGGACUGAACCCUCCUAGUGGCCUUUCACCUCCACGCUUUGCACAGAUUGCUCCAGUGCAAUCUGGUGCAUUACCAGCUGGUCUAGCUCAACCCCCACUUUCGCCUCACACCUCCGAUUGUUGUGGACCAGAUAUGGUGCUUAAACGUGGAACCCAGGAUUGCCAAUGUGUAUAUCCACUUAAGCUUGACCUUCUCCUCUUGAAUGUAUCACUUAACCCAAAUUGGAAUCCUUUUCUAGAAGAAUUUGCAUCUCAGUUAGGCUUGCAAGUUUCCCAGAUAGAGCUAAUUAACUUUUAUGUGCUGGGACUAUCGAGACUUAAUAUUUCAAUGGACAUCACUCCAAUGAAGGGCAUUAGCUUCUCUGCUACUGAAGCUGCUCAAAUAAACUCUUCGCUGUCUUCGCAUAAGGUUCGUUUGGACCCUGCAUUGGUUGGUGACUACCACCUUCUCAAUCUGACUUGGUUUAUGCCUUCAGCUCCAUCCCAAGCUCCUCUUUCUCAUGUGCCUCCAGCAGAAGCACCUCAACAAUUGGAUUCACGUCCUGUAGCAUCCAACAGCUCAAACAAGGGAAAUCAUUCUAGUUUAGUUCUUGUUAUUGCAAUUGGGUCUGGAAUCUUGAUCAUUGCUAUUAUUUCUAUUUUUGUAAUUUGUCUCUGUGCAACCCACAAAGAAAAAAGGAGAACAUCAGUCAAAGAACCUGCAAAGAUGAGGACUGCAGAUGCGGCUCCCCUAGCUGGAUCUCUUCCUCACCCUCCGCACCCUACCAGUACCAGGUUUCUAGCAUAUGAAGAACUUAAAGAAGCUACAAACAACUUUGAACGUGCUAGCAUCCUUGGAGAGGGUGGUUUUGGCCGAGUUUUUAAAGGUGUACUUAGUGAUGGAACAGCUGUAGCUAUAAAGAGGCUCAGUAGUGGAGGUCAGCAAGGGGAUAAAGAAUUUUUGGUUGAGGUUGAGAUGCUUAGCAGGCUUCAUCACCGUAACCUUGUGAAACUUGUUGGUUACUAUAGCAGUCGUGCUUCCUCGCAAAACCUACUUUGCUAUGAGCUUGUCCCGAAUGGAAGUUUGGAAUCCUGGCUCCAUGGCCCCUUGGGGGUGAACUGCCCUCUGGAUUGGGAAACCAGAAUGAAAAUUGCACUUGAUGCUGCAAGGGGACUUGCUUAUCUGCAUGAGGAUUCUCAACCUUGUGUCAUUCAUAGAGAUUUUAAGGCUUCAAACAUAUUACUUGAGAACAACUUUCAUGCAAAAGUUGCUGAUUUUGGUCUUGCAAAGCAGGCCCCUGAAGGCAGAGCAAAUUAUUUGUCUACACGUGUUAUGGGCACAUUCGGGUAUGUAGCCCCAGAAUAUGCUAUGACAGGCCACCUAUUGGUCAAGAGUGAUGUGUACAGCUAUGGGGUAGUCCUCCUUGAGUUGUUGACUGGAAGGAAGCCUGUAGAUAUGGCACAACCUUCAGGCCAGGAGAACCUUGUGACUUGGGCCCGUCCAAUACUUAGAGAUAAGGAUCGGUUGGAAGAGCUUGCUGAUCCUAGGCUUGAAGGCAAGUAUCCAACAGAAGAUUUUGUACGGGUUUGCACAAUUGCAGCUGCUUGCGUUGCUCCUGAGGCAAGCCAACGCCCUACAAUGGGGGAGGUGGUUCAGUCACUUAAAAUGGUGCAGCGCGUUGCGGAGUAUCAGGAUUCUGCUUUAUCUUCUAACAGCCGGCCGAAUCUUAGGCAGUCGUCUACAACCUUUGAGUCAGACGGUACAUCAUCAAUCUUCUCUUCUGGUCCUUACUCUGGUCUAAGUGCUUUUGAUAAUGACCACCACUCUAGGACGGCUGUAUUUUCUGAAGAUCUUCAUGAAGGGCGGUGAAUAUUGUUUCAAAUUCAUUGAGAGCUUACUUUUAGGUCAAGCUGUUGUUUUAACAUGUCAUGCUUUGUGUGGUGAGAUUAUUCGAAAUGGAAAAAUUCAGUUUAACUCUUUUUAAUUGAAGGGAUGGAAAUUGGUGCCUUCUUUCAUCCCUUGUAGAGAAGCAUUAUCAGUUUUCCCCCUGUUUGGUGGUCAUUCUCUACAUGUUGGAUGAGAGUGUAAAUAUUCAUGGUUACUGUUGUACUAGAAACUAGAAGUCUUAAAGAUUUUCUUUCCCUUUUGUCUUUUC